AUGACAACAGCUCAUAGCCAUGAGGAAGCCUCGGCGACUACACCCACCGCCCCUUCAACUGUCAGCAACGGCCCGAUCAGAGAGGAUGUCGCACCCACACAAGCGCUGCCCGAGCAGUGCGCAAGAGUACAUGGCAAGGUCUACGAUCUGCUGAAGAGAGAGCCACGGACAGAGAGGAUACGAGAAGUGCAGCGGCAGACGAGGAUCAGUCUACGGGUCCUUGGAGAUGCGCUGCAGCGAUAUACGUGAGUAGCGUAUAGGUCAGGCAUGCGUACCAAGAAGAAAUGGCUGACGGAUUUGAGUAAAAGCCUAGACGAGAUCUCCUUCUCCUACAACGGCGGCAAGGACUGCUUAGUUCUCCUCAUCCUCUACCUCGCGGCAUUGCACACCCACUCCCAAGGCCAACAACCACCUCCUCUGAUUGAAGAUGCCAACACCAGCGAUCGCGCAAACGACCACGAAGUCUCACAUGCCAACGCAGACACCGCGCACCAAAAACUCUUCCAACUGCCACCAACCCUCCGAUCGGUCUACAUCGUCUCACCCAACCCUUUCCCCGCCGUAACCUCCUUCGUCGCUUCCUCUUCGCAAAAGUACCACCUCUCCCUCGCACGAUACCACAAACCCAUGAAAGAAGCCUUUGCCUCCUACCUCCACGAUUAUCCCACGGUGAAAGCCAUCUUCGUCGGAACCCGCCGCACAGAUCCGCAUGGAGCCUCCCUCACCCACUUUGACCCCACGACAGAUGACUGGCCUUCGUUUACGAGGAUCCAUCCGGUCAUCGACUGGCAUUAUGCGGAUAUAUGGAGUUUCAUCAGGGAAGUGGGAGUGGAGUAUUGUGAGUUAUACGAUAUGGGUUACACGAGCCUGGGAGGGACGGAUGACACGCAUCCUAAUCCUGCGUUGGCUGUGGCAAGUGCGGAGGGUGGGGAGGUGAAAUACCGGCCUGCGUACGAGUUGGUACAGGACGGAGAAGAAAGACUCGGAAGGGAUGGACUGAAGAAGACGGCCUCGGUGUGA